AUGGACAGCUGCAUCAAACCAGUCUCUGGACAACAACAACAACAACAACAACAACAACAACAACAACCUGAAGAUCAGGGUUCAUUGUCAGAGAUUCAGCGAGAUAAACAGGACAAGAAGGCGCUUAUUACAAAGUUUGGCCAUUUACUCGUCGCCCAUCGCAUCUGCCAACGGCGGACGCGGCGGCGGCGGGUGAGUUUUUUGGAGCAGCUGUUGUUUACGGCUGCGCGCGGCCUGCGCGUCCCCCGGGUGCGACCACCGAGCCCACCCACACCACGGCAGCAACAGCAGGCCACACAGUACACAGCGCGGCGCAGCACUGGCCGCUUUGAUUAA